AUAGGGGUGUGUCUCAAAGAGAACAGUGCGUGUAAAAUCCUUGCACACCGCACCAACCUGGGCACAGCAAGUCAAGGGGUCCAAACUUUCAUUCUUUGCUUUUUAAACGUGUUGUCAACAUGUCCAAGCCUCUGACCGACCAUGAAAAGCGCAAGCAGAUCAGUGUUCGUGAUAUAGCUGGGCUGGGGGAUGUUGCCGAAAUAAAAAAAAGCUUCAACAGGCAUCUUCACUUCACCCUAGUGAAGGACCGCAAUGUGGCCACCCCGCGGGAUUAUUACUUCGCGUUGGCGCACACGGUGCGGGAUCAUCUGGUGGGCCGCUGGAUCCGCACUCAGCAGUAUUACUACGAGAAAGACCCGAAGCGCAUCCACUAUCUCUCUCUAGAGUUCUACAUGGGCAGAACUCUACAGAACACCAUGAUAAAUCUUGGGCUGCAGAAUGCCUGUGAUGAGGCCAUCUACCAGCUUGGACUAGAUUUGGAAGAGCUGGAGGAGAUUGAGGAGGAUGCAGGAUUGGGAAACGGAGGGCUUGGACGUCUUGCAGCUUGUUUUUUGGACUCCAUGGCAUCUCUGGGUUUGGCGGCAUAUGGAUAUGGCAUUCGUUAUGAGUUUGGCAUCUUCAAUCAGAAGAUCACUAAAGGCUGGCAGGUGGAGGAAGCUGAUGAUUGGCUGCGUUAUGGUAACCCUUGGGAGAAGGCCCGUCCAGAGUACAUGCUGCCUGUGCAUUUUUAUGGCCGAGUGGCACAUACACCUGAGGGACCAAAGUGGGUUGACACCCAGAUAAAAGAGAAGGGAAAGACGGACCGAAACCUGGCAGAGAACAUUUCCAGGGUGCUCUACCCCAAUGACAAUCGGCCUGGCACAAGCAGACUGAAAGCUCUUAUCUUGUGCAACAGUACCACAGAUAUGUGUAAUGCAAUGAGGAAAAAAACUGAAAUAUCACAUGGAGUCGCACGGAUUCACUCGGACAUUGUCAAAACCACUGUGUUUAAGGACUUUUGUGACAUUGAGCCAGAGAAGUUUCAGAACAAGACAAACGGCAUCACACCUCGUCGCUGGCUGCUGCUCUGCAACCCCGGCCUGGCUGACAUCAUCGCUGAGAAAAUUGGUGAGGACUUCCUGACAGAUCUUUUCCAGCUAAAAAAACUGUUGGACUUUGUCAGUGAUGAAAUGUUCAUUCGGGAUGUGGCCAAAGUGAAACAGGAGAAUAAGCUGAAGUUUGCAGCAUAUCUGGAGAGUGAGUACAAAGUAAAGAUAAAUCCUGAGUCCAUCUUCGACAUCCAGGUCAAAAGAAUCCAUGAGUACAAGAGACAACUGCUCAACUGCCUGCAUGUCAUCACUUUAUAUAACAGGAUUAGGAAAGAACCAAACAAGAAGUUUGUUCCAAGGACCGUAAUGAUUGGAGGAAAGGCAGCACCAGGCUAUCACAUGGCAAAGAUGAUCAUUAAACUGUUCACCUCAGUGGGGGAGGUGGUGAAUCAUGAUCCUGUGGUGGGAGACCGACUCAAGGUCAUUUUCCUGGAGAACUAUAAGGUCUCAUUAGCUGAGAAGGUGAUCCCUGCUGCCGACCUGUCCGAGCAAAUCUCCACGGCAGGUACAGAAGCCUCCGGUACAGGGAACAUGAAGUUCAUGCUUAACGGCGCUCUGACCAUCGGCACCAUGGAUGGUGCUAAUGUGGAGAUGGCAGAAGAAGCUGGAGAAGAAAACCUGUUCAUCUUUGGCAUGAGGGUGGAGGAUGUGGAGGCCAUGGACAAAAAGGGAUACAAUGCCAGGGAAUACUACGAGCGUCUGCCUGAACUGAAGCAGGUGAUGGAUCAGAUCAGCACUGGAUUCUUCAGCCCCAAAGAGCCUGAACUCUUUAAAGACGUUGUCAACAUGCUCAUGAAUAAUGACAGAUUCAAGGUGUUUGCAGACUAUGAAGCAUAUAUCAGCUGUCAAGAAAAAGUUAAUGAACUCUACAGGAACCCAAAAGAAUGGACCAAAAAGGUCAUCAGAAACAUUGCUGCUUCUGGAAAGUUCUCUAGCGACCGCACCAUUGCAGAGUAUGCACGUGAGAUCUGGGGUGUAGAGCCGUCUGACGUCAAGAUCCCGCCACCUAACGAACCACGUGAGUGAGGGAGUGGGCAACAGGUCUGAUGGUGUCCACUGGGUCUGCUCUCCUGUUCCUCAACCUUUCCCAGUGUGCCGGUGUGCCUUGACUGGCUUCACCUGAUUCAGAUUCAGGUUUCUCUCACUAUGCAUAACACCAUGUGGAGCCUCUUUGAACUUCAUUACUGUAGAGUACCCUCAACAUACACGCACAAAAAAAACUAACUCUUCCAUGUGCACUUACUCUGUAGUAGGUUUUAAAUCACUGUUACUUUCGCAUGCCUAUACUUAAUUAUAAAUCAUCAUGGUUUCCAUUAUGCAAAUUCAAUUCGUUGGUCAUCUGAGACUGAUUUAUUGAAGCUUCGUUUUGUCAAAAUUGAGUCCAGCUCAAGUUUCAAAGGUAUUUAUCCAUCAACUGGUGAAAAUUCUAAAUUUUUGUGCAUUCCUUGUUUCACAUUUGAGAGUGGCGGUUGUGACUGAUUAUAACCGUGAACACGGUGGGACCGAACAAGAGCCUUUGAGUAUUUUAUGAAGCCAAAUCAGCAACUGGAAACCAUUGGAGACUAGAGUAACAUUCGUGUCCUAGAAUAUUUCUUAAAUAUGACAACAUAUUUGACCUGCAACCACAUUUAGUCUAUUUAAAUUCAGUAGUAGUAGUAUAUUUGCCUUAAAAUAUGUGAUAAGCAGUCAGAAAUGACCGCUUUAAAAAUAACAAAUGCAAACAGAAUUGAUAUAAUGACUCCAGAAUGCAUGUGAUGUGGUUGUUCGGUGUCCAAAUGAUCUUUUUAUUCAAGCUUUCAAACGCAGGUUAAAGGGUGCCUUGUGUGCACACUGUGCAAUAUU